GCAGCAUGGUGGGCUGGCGCGCGGCCGGGGAGGGACAGCGGAAGGUGGGCGGCUCAGGGGGCCCCUAGUGCCCCCGCCGCCCCCUGUCUGCCGCCCCCUGAGUGCCGCUGCGGCUCCCGCGGGCCCAGUGGUUUCCCCUAAACACGGAGAGAAGCCUCCGGGGGCGGCGGGGGCGGGGCCCCUGCUCAGGCCCGGGCGGUGCACUUGCGACGCCCGCCUCCCCCGGCGGGACGGCAGACUCCCGGGCCUGGGCCCCAUGGGCGCCGCGGGACGCGGUGGGGUCGUCCAGGAACGCGGACCGCCGGGCCGGCGCGGGGACCGACUUCCUCCCGCCUGCGUGCAGAGACAAGUGUGUUCGCACAGCUCGCCUGUGUGCACACGUGUGUCCCAGUCCGCGAAUCCGGAAGGCCCCGGGUGAAGCCUGAUGAGCGGGUGGACACUCGCUCUGAACCGGCCUCCGUGCCUUUGAAGAGGCCCAGCCAUGGAAGGCAAACCGUUGGUGAUAUCGAAACAGAAGACCGAGGUGGUGUGUGGGGUCCCCACCCAGGUGGUCUGCACAGCCUUCAGCAGUCACAUCCUGGUGGUGGUGACCCAGUUCGGGAAGAUGGGUACCCUGGUCUCCCUGGAGCCCAGCAAUGUGGCCAGUGACUUCAGCAAGCCCAUGCUCACCACUAAAGUCCUCCUGGGGCAGGACGAGCCUCUCAUCCACGUCUUUGCAAAGAACCUGGUGACGUUUGUGUCCCAAGAAGCUGGAAACAGAGCAGUCCUCCUGGCCAUGGCCGUGAAGGACAGGAGCAUGGAGGGGCUGAAGGCCUUGAAGGAGGUGAUCCAGACGUGCCAGGUGUGGUGACCCCGGCGUGAGCAGCCGCACCUGCUGCCCAGCAGGGCCGAGUGGAAACUCAGACACCUCCUCGACGAUUUGAAGACUCUUCAUUCAGUUUGUCGCAAGGAGGAACUUUCUCUGCCUUUAGCCCUUGAAGCCAGAGUAACUGCACGUCUCGGACGACUCUUACUUUGUUUGGUCACCAAGAUCAUCGAUGGAUGGAGGGCAGACGUGGACUGUGUCUGGGGUAGUUGUGAAUGGUUCUCACCAGGGUCCAAAUAGUUGCAUCUAUUUGACAAUUGAAAGAAUGAGUCACCGGGCAUGAGUCAUGCCCUUGAUGUGCUGUGUCAAUUGUUGGGGGAAAUUUUUUUUUUUAUUAAAAAUAAAUGCAUCUCUCAAAUA